AUGAUGCAGCGAUAUCCACGGAGCUCGGGACAAUCUCCCUCUCCUUCAUCGUUCUUGAUCCAAUUACAUGAUCGACGAUUUUCUUCGUCUUUUGCCACCAUAUUGAGUGCUUCUAAAUGCCGCAUUCGUAAACCUCAUGUGUAUUGUCAUCACACCGCCUCAAGGUUGGUUCCCUACAAAAUACACGAUGACGGAGCCCGGUUCUUGGCAGGGUCGCAACUGUCUGAUAGUUCUCGCGAGUCGUCCAGCACAGACGAGACGGACACACAAUUAUUCAAUGCUGUCCUGAGACAAGCUAGGAUUCGUAUGUACUCUAAGAGGGGGAAACACAAACAUGGAAGGGACAAACGGGCGAGAAAUGGGCAUACAAGUAAUGAAAAUACGAGAACAGUACAAGAGAGACGCGCAGACAUUGAGAGGAACCAUGAUUCCUCUCCCAACUCUUUGCUUUCCAAAGACAAGACAGAGAAUAAGAAACUUGCAUUUGAGCAUCUGCUCUGA